AUGAAGGCUCUGCUUGUAUCUUUGUUGAGUCUUCAUCUGGUCAUGGGAAUAGGUCACUGGUGUGAACACAGAGUGGAAGAUAAACUGGAGAAGAUCAUCUCCCCUCGCCUGCAGCUUGAAGUGGCAUGCUCAGAGGUGUACCAGUCCAACACUCAAGGCUGGAGGCUGGAUGUAGACAGGAUGCGCCACACACAUGGGGGUGAUAAUGGCAUUGCUCUAUAUUAUAAAAGACAAGGACCCAAUGCUUCCUGCUACCUGUUCAAACCUGCAAACAUUGUGACUGAACGGGUGAACAGAACAGUAAGGGCCUGCUGUGAAGGCUGGUCUGGUCCUCACUGCUCAGAGGGUGUGAGUAUCCGUGGUCUGUGUUUCUCUACGUGGAGCUGUGAGGAAUUUCCCGGGAUUCAGAACUCCUCUCUGAUGCCUUUUGAGCAAUGCUGUGGCAGCCUGUGGGGACUUAGCUGGAAAAAUAUUUCUGACCAGACCUGCUUGUCCUGUUCCUACACCCUUUUGCCAGAUGCUCAGCCAUCACCCCUUUUUCACAGGGGUCUUCUUAGAAGCAUUCGAGAUCCCAAGGCCUCUGCCACUUGCAUGAGCUGGGGUGGGGCACAUUAUCGUUCCUUCGACAGAAAGCACUUCCAUUUCCAUGGUGGUUGCACCUAUGUGCUGGCCUCAUCCACUGAUGGGACCUGGGCUGUCUACAUUAGCACCGUGUGUGAUGGCAGAGGACACUGUAGCAAGGCAUUGAAGAUGAUGUUGGGACUUGACCUUGUGUCUGUUCAUAAGGGCAACCUAUCACUCAACAGUGUCCUGUUACAGCAGGGUGAACCUUUCUUUCAAAAUGGAGUGAGUAUUCACUGGCUGGGAGAUUUUGUGUUUGUUGAAAGUGGAUUUGGCAUCAGAGUGAAAUUCGACAUGGGGAACACUGUGUAUCUGACAGUUACAGGAGAACACUUUGCUGCUACUAGAGGCCUCUGUGGAUUAUACAACAAUAAUGCUGAUGAUGACUUCAUCAGUAGCACUGGAAGUCUAUCGCACUAUGCUGCCAGCUUUGGAAAUUCAUGGCGUGUUCCAAACCAAGAGCCAGAGGUAGACUGUAGCGAUGCAGCAGAGUUGGGCCACAGCUGUGAUGUUAUGGGUGACAUCAACUUGCGUAGAGCAGCAGAACUGGCAUGUCAUCAUCUCAAGGAGCAUCCCUUUUCACAGUGCCAUCAUCAAGUGGAUCCAGGUCCCUAUGUAGAUACCUGUCUAUAUGUGUACUGCAGUUUGGGGGCUAAUGAGAGAGAGGCAGCUGUGUGUGAUACACUUGCUAGCUAUGCCCGUGAAUGUGCCCAACAACAUAUCAUCCUCAGCUGGAGGGGCCCUGGUCUCUGUGAGCGAGUGUGUCCUGGGGGUCAGCUUUUCUCAGACUGCGUGUCUUCCUGUCCCCCCAGCUGCUCUUCGGCUCUUCCCCCAGCAUCGGGCCAGUGUCGGGAGGAGUGUGUUGGGGGUUGUGAGUGUCCUCCUGGGCUCUAUCUGCAUCAUGGCCAAUGCUUACGGAGGGAACACUGCCCCUGCUUCCAUAGGCGACACUCUUACCAGGAAGGAGACACCAUAAAACACAAGUGUAACACCUGUGUGUGUCAGGCAGGCCAGUGGCAGUGUUCUGCAGAAAGGUGUGCAGCUCAGUGCAGUAUUACAGGGACAAUGCAAAUCACUACUUUUGAUAAGAAGAGGUAUAACUUCCAGGCCGGUGACUGUCAGAUCACAGCCAUUGAGGACUUUGUGGAUAAGAAAAUUGCAGUGACCAUCAGAGGUGGGCAGUGUGUAAAGGGAGGUGGCAUGCGCUGCCCAUGGGAUACGACCAUCACUGCCCUCCAUACCACAGUGACCCUCACUAACAUGGGUUCUGUGAUGCUAAAUGGACAGCCAGAGUCUUUGCCAGUGUUAACAGCCGAUCUGGUUGUGCGGAGAUCAUCUUCAAGUUUCCUCAUGGUCCAUGUGUUUGGGGCUCAGCUGCUGUGGCACACUGAAGGCCCUCUGAUCCUCAUCACUCUGCAGCCAGGGUUUGCGCAUAAGGUGAGAGGCCUGUGUGGAACACUGACUUGGAAUCAACACGAUGACUUCACCACUCCAGAGGGUGACAUUGAGAACAGUGUGACCUCCUUUGUUGCAAAGUUCAGUCUUGGAUCAUGCUAUUUGCCCUCAGCAGUGAACUCAGACCCCUGUAACACCUACACCCAGCACAGAGAGUAUGCAGAGAGUGUCUGUGGUGUUAUCAACAGUCCCGUGUUUCAGAACUGUCAUGACGUGGUGGAGCGGGAGCCAUACAUGCGGCAGUGUCUGAGUGAGGUGUGUAGCUGCACCCCACACAUGCAGUGCCAGUGUACUGUCCUCACUGCCUAUGCUCAACAUUGUGCACAGGAGGGGGUGCUAGUGAGCUGGAGAAACCACACCUUCUGCCCAAUGCAGUGUUCUGGUGGACAGGUGUAUCAAGAGUGUGGCCAGCCAUGUGGAGGCUCAUGUACUGACUUACAGCAGAACUGGAGCUGCCAAGUGAAUGCAGGUGCUCGGAGCUGUGUACCAGGCUGCCAGUGUCCUGCAGGUCUGGCACAGGAUGACCAAGGCCAGUGUAUCCCGGUCAGCAUGUGUCCAUGUAGUCAUGCUGGAAUUGUCCAUCCACCAGGAAGUUCUGUGCAGAUCAACUGCAAUACCUGUGUGUGUGGACAUGGUGUGUGGAACUGUACUGAUCAUACCUGCCCUGAGGUUAAAGAGUGUCCAGGCUCUCUGGUCUUCUUCCCUCAAUCUUGUCUAAGGACCUGCUCUAGUCUGGACAAGGGGUCCUGUGCAGAGCCCAUCUAUGGCUGCGUCUGUCCUGAGGGAACCGUGCUCUUGGGUGAUCAGUGUGUGUCUCCUGAUGAAUGUCCAUGUCACCACAAUGGCAGGCUCUUCUUCACAAAUGAUACCAUUUCUAAAGACUGCAACACAUGUGUAUGUAAACAGCGUCGAUGGCACUGCACCCAGUCUUUAUGUGCUGGAAUAUGUAUAGCUACAGGUGACCCACAUUAUGUGACCUUUGAUGGACGCUGUUUCUCCUUCCUGGGAGACUGUGAGUACAUGCUGGUGCAGGAGAAAGAAGGCCUGUUCAGCGUAACUGCAGAGAAUGUACCCUGUGGCAGCACUGGGGUCACCUGCACCAAAUCUGUAACGCUAAGCAUUGGCAACACAGCCAUUCACCUGCUCAGGGGAAAGGCUGUGACAGUAAACGGCAGGCCUGUGACUCUUCCUAAGUCUUACUCAGGCAGUGGCUUAGUACUAGAGAACAUUGGUCUGUUUGUGUCUCUCUCAUCUCAACAUGGUGUUACGCUUCUUUGGGAUGGAGGGAUGCGUGUGUAUGUACGCUUGGAACCCCACUUGCGAGGCCGGGUUGGGGGUUUGUGUGGGAACUUUGAUGGAGACACAGAGAAUGACUUCACUACAAGGCAAGGCAUAGUGGAGUCCACACCGGAGCUGUUUGGGAACUCCUGGAAGGUUAGCCCAUCCUGCCCGGAUGUCUCUGAGCAAGACCUGCUUGAUCCCUGCAACAUUAAUCCUCACAGAGUAAGCUGGGCAAAGAAGAAGUGUGCAGUGAUUACCCAAGAGCUAUUUGCCUCAUGUCAUGCUGAAGUGCCACACCAGCAGUACUACGAUUGGUGUGUCUUUGACGCCUGUGGCUGUGAUUCAGGAGGAGACUGUGAGUGUCUUUGCACAGCCAUCGCUGCCUACGCUGAGGAGUGCAACCGUAGAGGAGUUUACAUUCGCUGGAGAUCUCAAGAGCUUUGCCCCCUGCAGUGUGAUGAUGGUUUGGUUUAUGAAGCCUGUGGUUCUGCUUGUUCUGAAGUCUGUCCUGGCACAUCUCCUCAUGCUGACUCUCACUGCAGCGCUCUAUCCUGUGUGGAGGGCUGCUUUUGCCCUCAGGGCACCAUCCGCCAUGGCGACAGCUGUAUUUCCCCCUCCGAGUGCCCAUGUGAGUGGGAUGGCUCACUGUUUCCUCCUGGAGCUGCUGUAACUCAACACUGUCAGAACUGCUCAUGUUUGAACAGUACCUGGCACUGCACUGGCCCUGUAUGUCCUCCCACUGUUCCCUGUCUGGAUUCAGAGUUCCAGUGUAGCGGUGGUUCUCGUCGCUGUAUUCCCUCUCUCUGGCUCUGUGAUAAUGAAGAUGACUGUGGAGAUGGAUCAGAUGAACUUUGUCCCACCACCUGUCCUCCUGAGCAGUUCCACUGCUCUGGAGGAGCCUGUUUACCCCUGGAGCUGCGCUGUGAUGGCCAUCCUGACUGUGCUGAUCAAUCUGAUGAGGAGUUCUGUGCUCCGGUUACAGAAGUCCCAGGGUGUGUUUCUGGGGAGUUCCGUUGCACUAAUGGACUCUGUCUGUCUGCCGCUAAAGUGUGUGAUGGAAGACUGGACUGUGGGUUUGCUGAUGACUCAGAUGAGCGAGAUUGUGGAGUGGUAUGUGCUGAAGAGGAGUUCCGUUGUUCAGCUGGACGCUGCAUUCUCUAUCUGCAUCGUUGUGAUGGUCAUGACGACUGUGGAGACUUUAGCGAUGAGCGUGGGUGUGUUUGUGCUCCGGGAGAGUUCCAGUGCCCUGGUGAUCAGUGUGUACCUGCACAGAAAGUGUGUGAUGGCCAUAAGGACUGUCCAUCUGGGAUUGAUGAAGUUAUUUGUCCUGUUAAAGAGUGUAAUCAGUAUGAGUUUGGGUGUGCGAAUGGUCAGUGUGUGCCGCUGGCUUGGCGUUGUGAUGAUGAAACAGACUGUCUGGAUGGAAGUGAUGAACAGCAGUGUGCACGUCCUUGUAGACCUGACCAGGUCUCCUGUCAAAGUGGAGACCAGUGUGUCCAGCACAUGCAUUUGUGUGACGGGACACCACACUGCCGGGAUGCCUCUGAUGAAAGCAUGGACAAUUGUGGAAAGCCCAGUAUUUCUCCACUGCCCCCUGGUGGCAGGAACACUACUCACAUCUGUCCUGAGUUCACCUGCUUGGAUGGAUCCUGUGUCUCUUUUAAAUCAGUAUGUAACGGAGUAGCAGACUGCCCUAAUGCUGUAAGCCCCUCAGAUGAACAAGACUGUCGGAGUUGGGGCCCAUGGGGACCCUGGAGUCCCUGCAGCCAAUCCUGUGGCUCUGGCAUUAUGAGCAGAUACAGACACUGCCCUGUGGGGGACAUGCUCACACACUGCAGGGGAGAUGAUACACAGAGACAGCAGUGUUACUCCACAGCUUGUCCUGUUGAUGGACAUUGGUCAGCGUGGACGACAUGGUCGAACUGCUCGAAAGGUUGCGGUGGAGUGGAGAUCCGCAAAAGAGUGUGUGUUCCACCACAGAACGGAGGCCGAGCAUGCACUGAGCUGCCAGGAGACACAGCCCUGAGCACUGAGAUCAAGCCGUGUCCUCAGGAUGCCUGUGCUAAUGUUUCCUGCCCUGCUGGUCUGGUUUCACACACUUGUGCUCCUUGUCCUUUGACUUGUGCUCAUAUAUCAAGUGAUGCAUCCUGUGAUCCCAGUGCUGAGUGUUUCACAGGUUGCUGGUGCCCAGAAGGGAAAGUGAUGAACCACAUGCAGCAGUGUGUGCUACCGGAAGAGUGUGUGUGUGAGGUGUCAGGGGUGCGGUACUGGCCGGGGCAGCAGGUCAAGAUGGGCUGUGAGAUUUGUAGGUGUGAGAGAGGAAGACCACAGCACUGUCAAGCCAACCCAGAGUGUUCAGUCCACUGUGGUUGGUCAUCCUGGUCCCCAUGGGGUGAGUGUUUGGGUCCAUGUGGUGUCCAGAGUGUCCAGUGGUCUUUUCGCAGCCCAAAUAACCCCUCCAAACAUGGCAGCGGUAGACAGUGCCGUGGUAUUUACCGGAAAGCCAGACGCUGUAAGACAGAGCUGUGCGAAGAGUGUGAGUAUCAGGGACACACCUAUGCAGUGGGUGAUCGCUGGAAAGGAAGUAAUUGUCAACUUUGCCACUGUUUAUCCAACCUUAAAGUGCAGUGUGCCCCUUUCUGCCCGUACGCUACCACUGGCUGCCCACAGGUGUGUAUGUGUGUGUGUUGCUAUUGUGUUUUAGCUCAAAAUGUCAGUAUCAUCCCAACAACCCCAGCAGUUCUGCCGAUCACUGUUGAGCCCUCCAGUGCACCCGAGGUCACACCAUUUGUGCCAACGUUUCCUCUCCCACCUGGAGAUGAGUGUUGGUCUCCUCUGGUAGUGCAGUCUCUGCCUACCUCCAGUUUCAGUGCAUCAUCACAACAGCCUGGUCAUCCAGCCUCUGCAGGGCGCCUCCACUUUCAUGACCCUCACAGUGACCUACAGGGCUGGAGCCCUGAACCUGAGGAGUACAGGGAGCUCCCACCAUCUUCCCCCCAUGGCCAUACACACAACAGCCAGGCUCCUUACCUGCAGAUUGACCUACUCAGACCAUACAACAUCACAGGAUUGCUUACUCAAGGUGGUGGACAGUUCGACACUUUUGUGUCCAGUUUCUACCUGCAGUUUAGCACUAACGGCAGCCAGUGGUUCACCUACCAAGACCUCAUCACAGACGGUCGCCCUACAGCCAAGGUGUUCCUGGGUAACCAUGAUGAUCGAAGUGUGAUGCAGAACAGACUAGACAGGAUGGUGUUAGCUCGGUUUGUAAGGGUGCUGCCGCACGACUUCCAGAAUGGCAUUUAUCUGCGAGUGGAAUUGAUGGGGUGUGAAGAUGGCACUCAACCGUCUCCUACGCCGACCUCUAAAGGCUGUCCCAGGGGUCAGUUCGCAUGCCCUCCUCCAGGGGGUUGUAUUGAGGCUACAGAGCACUGUGAUGGGGUUCCUCAGUGUCCGGAUGGAGCUGAUGAGAGAGGCUGUGGCUCUGAAACGAAUCACACCCAUGUCACACCUAUCCCUGUUCCACUCAGGACGCCCAAUAUGGCUGCUGUCACAUCAUCAGAUCAUCACGAAGAGCGGCUACGGUUUGUGUUUUCUUCAUCUUUAGGCACAGCUUCCACUCCAGGAUUACCAGGUUUAUGGAAUCACACUGUAACAUCAGGAAUUCCUGGAUACCAAAACUACACGUCAGGCUCUCCAGGACUACACACCAAGACUCCACAAGAUGGCCGUCCAGGAGUGGCGAGUGUUUCACCUAUUGCUACUGGAUUGUGGAACAUAACGACACCUCAUGACGAUGGUUUACCCAAAGUACUGUGUGUAGAAGGCCAGUUUUCCUGCAAAAGCUUUGGCUGUGUGGAUGCAACACUUGUGUGUGAUGGAAGAAAGGAUUGCCCAGACGGCUCAGAUGAACAUAGUUGUGGUUCCUCCACACUCCCUCCACUAACAUCAACACGUCACCCUUUGGUACCCAGUCCCUGCUCUGCCAAGCAGUUCACUUGCAGCAGUGGAGAGUGCGUGCAUCUGGAUAAGAAGUGUGACCUCCACAAAGACUGUGCUGAUGGCUCAGACGAGAGAAACUGUGUGGACUGUGUGAUGUCUGCAUGGACAGCAUGGAGUCAGUGCAGUGUGUCAUGUGGUCUGGGUUCUCUGUUCCGGCAACGUAAGAUUCUGAGAGAGGCUCGGCCCGGGGGCUCCUGUGGGGGCGCACAGUUCGACAGCAGAGCCUGCUUCCUCCAGGCCUGUCCUGUGGAUGGACAGUGGGCUGAGUGGAGUGAGUGGUCAGAAUGUGAUGCUGAAUGCGGUGGUGGCCUGAAGAUAAGGAGCAGAUCUUGUACAAACCCUCCACCCAAAAACGGAGGGAAAGCGUGUGAGGGGAUGACUAUGCAGACUCAGAGCUGCAACACACACCGAUGUGGAACUGGCACAGAAUCACAGACAGGCUGCACUAAUGGCAUGGUGCAGGUGACAGACGCAGAUUGUGCGGCGGGUAGAAUGGAGUCGUGCCCUUUGACCUGCUCAGACCUUAGUUCUGAGAGUAAUUGUUCUUCCCACUGUAUAACAGGGUGUCGGUGUCCAGUUGGUUUAUUCCUUCAAGAUGGCCGAUGUGUCAAUGUGAGCAAAUGUACUUGCUUAUGGGAAGGGUCAGUGCUUCAGCCAGGGGAAGAGGUCAUCAGAGACAACUGUACAUUUUGCAUGUGUCGAGAUGGUCAUGUCUCUUGUGACAACUCGAGCUGUAUCCCCAAAUGUGACUGGUCAGCCUGGUCCUCAUGGACCUCAUGUGACAGCAGCUGUGGAAUCGGCAUACAACAACGCUUUAGGUCAGUUCUGAGUCCUUCUGAAGCAGUGAAUGUAGAACCAUGUGACGGAGAUUCUACAGAGGCACGGCAAUGCUACACACCCUGCCCACCAGGAGCUCCAUGGACUGAGUGGUCUUCAUGGUCUGAGUGCAGUAAGACAUGUUUCUAUCAUGUGGAUGCUGUGGGACUGAGACGCCGCUUUAGGAACUGUAACUAUACUGACUUUGCCGCCUGCUUUGGUGAUGGAGAAGAGCAUGAGCCCUGUAACACAUUACACUGUCCAGUACAUGGGGGUUGGUCAACAUGGUCUGCAUGGUCUGAGUGCUCGUCUGACUGUGAUACUGGGGUUCAGACUCGAGAACGUUUCUGUAGUUCUCCUCCCCCUCUGUACGGAGGCAGCAGCUGUGUGGGACCUCAAAUACAGACCAGAGACUGCAAUUCUCAGCCCUGCACAGAUGUGUGUCCAAUUGGUAUGAGUUACUUGACUAAAGAGCAGUGCCAGGCGCAGGGAGGAGCAUGUCCACGUGUGUGCCUUGAUGCUUUGCCUUCAGUGGAGUGUGCCACAGAGUGCUAUGAUGGUUGCUACUGCUCUCCGGGUCACUACCUGUUUAACAACUCCUGUGUGCUUCUCAGCCACUGCCCCUGCUACCACCAGGGGGUGCUCUAUACACAGAGUUCCAGCAUCCCAUAUGAUGCCUGCAACAACUGCACUUGCAUUCAUGGAGAGAUGCAGUGUGGCACAGCUCCCUGCCCUGUUGAUUGCGGUUGGAGUGAGUGGACGUCCUGGAGUGCAUGCAGCAGGACGUGUGAUGUUGGUGUCAGGAGGAGGUACCGCUCAGGCACCAAUCCUCUGCCAACAUUUGGGGGCCUUCCUUGUGUCGGUGACCGUGCUGAGCUGGACACAUGUAGCAUCUAUCCUUGUAGUGGCGUGAAGGGCCCAUGGAGUGCAUGGUCUGAGUGCUCAGUGACCUGUGGUGGUGGAUACAGGAGCAGAACCCGAGGUCCAAUCAGAUCUCACGGCACACCGCAGCAGUUUAGUGCCUGCAACCUGCACCCUUGCAGUGGUGGCAGUGGCUGUGCUGGUGGUCAGGAGUGGACAGCAUGUGUGAGAGAGGUGCUGCUCUGCUCUGAUCUGGCAACGGAGGCUGAUGUGAACUCCACCUGUUCACCAGGAUGUCAAUGCCCACAGGGUUCUGCACUACAGGAUGGGAGGUGUGUGUCUUUGCCUCUGUGUCGCUGUGAUGUAGAUGGUGAACAGUAUGAGCCUGGAGCUGUGGUCAAUAAAGACUGCAACAAUUGCACUUGUGAUUCAGGGAGACUGGUAAACUGCACCCAAUUAGAUUGCAAUGUGGAUGGUGGCUGGUCAGCCUGGACUCCUUGGAGUGUGUGUUCAGUGUCUUGUGGUGCCGGCUUGCAGUCACGCUAUCGGUUUUGCUCCAAUCCUAAGCCGGCCGGUGCUGGACUACCCUGCCUUGGCCCAGACCGCCAGGAUCAAGCGUGUGUUCAGACAGCAUGCAGCCGUGACGGUGGAUGGAGCGAGUGGACGUCCUGGACAGAGUGUUCCAAGUCAUGUGGAGGGGGUGUGCGCAGCCGCCGGCGUGAAUGUGACAGCCCGACCACUGAGGGAGACGGAGACUUCUGCGAGGGCCUAAAAACCGAGCUUGUGGCCUGUAACAUAGAGCACUGUCCAGUGACUCAGUGCUCAGACAUUUCUGGCUCUGUGUUCAGUAGCUGUGGACCCUCGUGUCCCCGCACCUGUGAUGAACUGACUCACUGUGAGUGGCGUUGUGAACCUGGCUGUUACUGCAUUGAUGAGAAAGUGUUGAAUGUUAAUGGUACAGCGUGUGUAGAGAGAGAGCAGUGUCCCUGUCUGGACCUGACCAGUGGCCAGCGCAUCGAGCCUGGAGAGACAGUCCUCACUCCUGAUGGCUGCAACAACUGUACCUGUGAUGGAGGACAGCUCACUUGUAGCAACAACCCAUGUCCAGUGGAUGGAGCCUGGUGUGAGUGGUCCAGCUGGACUCCGUGCUCUAAGACAUGUGGUGCUGAGUGGGUCUCUCGCUACAGGAGCUGUGCUUGUCCUGUUCCAGUGGCAGGCGGGGCAGCGUGUCCAGGCCAGCAAGAGGAGCACCAGGGCCUCGGAGUGCAGAUUGAAAGACAGCCUUGUCCUUCAGUCACUUUUUGCCCAGUCCAUGGUUCAUGGGGAUUGUGGAGUGAAUGGUCAGAGUGUGAUGCAUGUGUGGGUGUGUCUGUCAGGAAGAGAGAGUGUAACAGCCCCCCUGCGAGAUUCGGAGGUCUGCCGUGCCACGGCGAGUCCCUCCAGAGUCAUGGUUGCCAUGACAACCAAACCAUCUGUUCAGACUGUGGGGGCGGACAGGAGGAGUGGCCUUGUGGGAAGCCGUGCCCUCGCUCAUGUGAAGAUCUCCAUGGUGGUACUGAGUGUAUAGACCCAUCAGGGUGCAGUCCAACCUGUGGUUGCCUGGGUGAAAUGGUCCUGCAGGAUGGCGUGUGUGUGGAGAGAGAAGAGUGCCGGUGUAAAUUCCGCAACAGCACUACUGAUUUAAACAUCACAAAUACUGCAUGGGAAUGGCCAGGGAGGACAGACUGGCAAUAUGCAAAUUCAGGAGAGAGCAUCAUCACAGACUGCAGCAACUGCACGUGUGAAGCUGGUGUCUUACACUGUGACUCAUUUCCUGGUUGUAUUGUUGACGGUGGGUGGAGCCAGUGGGGACCGUGGUCAGAGUGUUCAGCCCCAUGUGGGGGAGGAGAACAGAGACGCACUCGUUCUUGCCACAUUCCUCCAUGCAGCGGCAUGACGCGCCAGAGCAAGACUUGUAACACACAAGUGUGCCUGGAGGUGGGCUGUCCUCCAGGUCGUCUGUACCGGGAGUGUGAGCAAGGUGAGGGUUGUCCAUUCAACUGUGCUCAGUUCAGUGGGCUCGAAGGCUGUUACUCCGAGGGUUGUGAGGAAGGAUGUCACUGUCCACCCAGCACCUACCAGCACCAUGGAGCCUGCCUACAGGAGUGUCCAUGCCUAGUGGACAGUGAGCUCCUGGCUUCACUUCAAGGAGUGUCUGUGACUCCAGAGUUGACCCCAGACCUCGACAACAUUACCAUGGGAACAGAGCUCAGGUCUGGAGAAGAGCUGAUGCAUGAGUGUAGCUCCUGUGUGUGUGAGCGCGGCCUCUGGAACUGCUCUCUAGUGCCCUGUCCUCGUGAUGGUGGUCUGAGUUCUUGGGGUCCCUGGAGUUCCUGUUCACUCAGCUGUGGUGGUUUGGGGCAGAAAGUGCGCAACAGGAGCUGCACUAAUCCAAGCCCUGCUUAUGGAGGUCAAGACUGUGUGGGAGACCUGCAGGAGACAGCGUAUUGCCAGACCCCAGACUGUCCAGUGGUUGUGCAUCCAACAGGUGAACCUCCAUUAUCAGAUGAGGACAUGGGGUUCUCCCAGUGGACAUCAUGGAGUUCUUGUUCUCAAUCUUGCAAUGAAGCAGGUCACCCUGCACUCAAGUUUCGUCAGAGAGAGUGUCUCAUUGCACCCUGCUCAGGACAAAACAGACAACGGAAAGUCUGCAACCUCCCUCAGUGUCCUGAUGGUGGAGUAUGUGUCAAUGAGACAUGUGUCCAUAGAAACUGCUCAUGGACGGAGUGGGGAGAGUGGAGUGUAUGUUCACGCUCCUGUGGCGUUGGUCAGCAGCAGCGCUUCCGCAGCUUCAUCGCCCCUGGGAUUAAUGGAACCUGGUGUUCAGGCAUCAUCGAUGGCAAUGUAGAGAACCGCUUCUGCAACAUACGUGCCUGCCGUGUGGAUGGGAGCUGGUCUCGCUGGAGUCCAUGGUCACACUGUGAUAAGUCAUGUGGGGGUGGUCGUUCUAUUCGCACUCGUUCCUGCUCCAGCCCACCACCCAAAAAUGGAGGACUCAAAUGUCUUGGAGAGAAGAUCCAGGUCAAACCCUGCAACACUAAACCAUGUGACGAGCAUAGAUGCCCAAUAGGUCAGGAGUUUGUACCCUGUGCCAAUGAGUGCCCUCAGCGUUGCUCCGACCUACAGCAAGACAUUCAGUGCCAUGACAGUAUUGAGUGCCAGCCAGGCUGCCGCUGCCCUCAGGGUGAGCUGGAGCAGGAUGGGGUGUGUGUGAAGUUGUGGCAGUGUGACUGCAUAGAUGCACUCGGGCAAAGCUGGGCUGCAGGCAGUCAGCACCAAGUUGACUGCAACAACUGCAGCUGCGCAGACGGUGUGCUCUCCUGUACCAACUACACCUGUGCAGGAAAGAGCAGCUGCUCCUGGAGCAUGUGGUCCAGCUGGGCCUCCUGCAGUGUUACCUGUGAGGCAGGACAGAGAACACGCUUCAGGUCACUGAUUCCCGAGACUCCAGAUGCCGACUGUCAGUUUGAGGAAGUUCAACACAAGCCAUGUGAUUCAGGUCCCUGCCCACCACUCUGUCUCCAUGACAACCAGUCACUGUCUGUUGGUGACACAUGGUUAGAAGGGGAAUGUAAACAAUGCACAUGUAUUCCUGAAGGAGAAUAUUGCCAGGAUAUUUACUGCCGAGUGGAUGGAGGCUGGACUCCAUGGUCGGUCUGGUCUGACUGUUCUGCGACAUGUGGUCGAGGAAAUCGGAUCCGCACUCGGGCCUGUAUUAACCCUCCACCACGAAACAAUGGCACACACUGUCCUGGGACAGAGAGAGAGACGCAGCACUGCCACAUUGCUCCCUGCAUCGAUGAUCUGUGUCCAUGGUCCCGCUGGUCUUCAUGCUCACGGAGCUGUGGUGCAGGAGUGGUGUCCAGGCGUAGGCACUGUUUGUGUGAAGAAGCAGGUGAUCACGCCUGUCCCAUUUCCACAGAGACAGAAAGACACAGAGAGGAGACUCGUCUGUGCUACAAGCGGCCAUGCCCAGACUGUCCCCUGUCUGAGUGGAGUGAGUGGACAGGCUGUUCCUGUGUGUCUCAGUGGCAGCAACGCUAUCGUGUGCCACUGUCUUUGGCCACUAGGGGGCAGAAUUGCACAGAGAUUAAGAAGGAGAGCAGAGCCUGCAAACCUCAGGACUGCCAGGAAUGUAUGGAACCAUUCCAGCCAGACUGUGGUUCUCCAUGUGAGAAGCAGUGUGCAUUACAAGGGCAGGUGGACGCAUGUGAGGGGCAGUCGGGGUGUACAGACGGCUGCUACUGUCCUCAGGGUCUACUGCAACAGAAUGGGACAUGUGUACCUCCAGAACAGUGUGGCUGUAUUCACCUCGUCCAGCAGGACAAGGGCUCACCUGUUCCUGUCCUUGUCCCACAGGGUGAGGUGCUCAAUAUAGACUGCAGCACAUGUUUAUGCUAUAAUGGGUCUUUGCAGUGUGAUACUCGAGAAUGUGAAGUGUCACUCAGUGAGUGGUCAGAGUGGACCCCCUGUUCUCCAUGUGUUUAUGCCUCCUCACUCCUCCACUCUGACUCUGCCAUGGGUGAUGGUGGAGACAUGAGUGGAAUGCCUGAAACAGCUCUGGUGUCAGUGCAGAGGCGCUACCGAGCAUGUCUGGAUGUGGACUCUGGGUUACCUGUCAGUGAUGGAGAAGGGGAGUGCUCCAAACCCCUGCAGGAGGAGAGGAUCUGCCCCCAACCUGAUAUCUGCAAAGACCCAUGCCAGUGGAGUGUGUGGGGGCCGUGGAGUGUGUGUCAGGAGCCAUGUAGUGGAGGAUUCCGCCAGCGUGAGCGAACAGCCCUGGCAACAACCCUCGGACCACAAUGUACAAGACGGCAGAGCCAAUCACAGAACUGCAACACUGGCCUCUGUCCAAGUGAGCGCUGUGAAGACAGGGGGCGGGUCUACGAGGCGUCCUGUGCUAACCAGUGUCCUCGUAGCUGUGCUGACCUGUGGGAGCAUGUGCAGUGUCUCCAGGGAGUCUGUCAGCCAGGUUGUAGGUGUCCUGACGGAUGGUUGCUGCAGGACAGCGAGUGUGUGAGAGUGUCAGCAUGUCGCUGUGGGCUUCCUAUAGAGAGCGGCACACUCGAGAUUACACCUGGACAGAAUGUCACAGUCGAGUGCAACGCCUGUGUGUGUGUGAAUGGGUCACUGAUGUGUACGGACCGGCCCUGUCCAAUGUAUGGAGCAUGGAGUUCCUGGAGUGAGUGCUCAGUGUCAUGUGGGACAGGACAAAGGACACGAACACGUACCUGCAAACACACACCUGGUGGCCCUAGCUGUAUAGAGACCAUUCAGAGCCAAAACUGCACUCUGCUUGCAUGUCCAGCUGACUGUGUGCUGAGUGAGUGGUCCUCCUGGAGUGAGUGCAGCGCCUCCUGUGGUGGAGGAGUGUCAGUGCGCAGGAAGGCUCUUCAACAGAAGUCUGAACCUGGAGGACUGCCCUGCUUGACUCCUAUUGAGCAGCACACUGCCUGCAACACCAACAGCUGCCUGCCUGAGUGUCCUCCAGAUCAGGUGUUCAGUCUAUGUGCAGACUCAUGCCCAUUUUCCUGCCAGGAUCUGUGGCCUGAGAACCAGUGUGUGCCGGGACCCUGCAACCCAGGCUGCUCCUGCCCCCCUACCAUGGUUAUGCUUAAUGGAUCAUGCAUGCCCUUCUCUGAGUGCCCUUGUUCCCCACUGUCUCUGCCACUGGAGUUAGCCAAUGUCACACUGGACCCCCUGCAGGAAGAGUUUCCACCUGGAACCAUUAUACCACAUCUCUGCAAUGCCUGUGUGUGUGAAAAUGGAGUAUUCAACUGUACGGAAGAGUCAUGUAAUGUGGACUGUGAAUGGAGCAGCUGGUCCGAGUGGAGUUCGUGUUCAGUGUCGUGUGGCCAUGGAGUGCAGAGCUCAAGUCACUUUAUAGUGCAGCCCAGGCAGUAUGGAGGACGUGAGUGUGAAGGCCCCGGUCACAGGAGCAGAGUGUGUACAGGACCUGAUUGUGUGUGUCCAGAGGGAGAGCGUUGGAGACGGAGCACAUCUGAGUCAGAGCGUGUGUGUGACAGAGGGUGUGUGGACAUGUACAGCGCUGAACCACUGAACUGCACUGAAGCAAGCAGGCUCUCUGAGGGCUGCGUGUGUGAGGAAGGGCGCUAUCGUGAUGCAAAGGGCCGGUGUGUGAUUCCUGCUCUCUGUCAGUGUGAGGGGGAGGACGGCACACUGCAAGAGCCUGGCUCUGAGUGGGAAGAAGCAUGCCAAACUUGUCGCUGUGUAAAUGGCCUAAAGCAGUGUAAAGCCAGCUGUCCUCCACUUCUGUGUGACGCGAGUGAAGUCAAAGUGCUGGAGGAUGGACAGUGUUGCCCUGUCUGCAGGAAACUGUACACUGAAGAGCCGCUCUCUCAGUGUCACCGCCACACUGAGAUCAGGAACAUCACAAAGGGCGAUUGCCACCUGGACAAUGUGGAGGUCAGCUUCUGCAGGGGGCACUGUUUGUCUGGAACUGAUGUCAUUCUAGAGGAGCCCUACCUACAAGCAAUGUGUGACUGCUGCAGUUACAGGCUGGACCCUCAGACUCCUGUGCGCUUCCUCAGCCUGCACUGUUCUAGUGGAGAAAAAGAGCCUGUGGUGCUGCCCAUCAUACAGAGUUGCGAAUGUACCAGCUGUCAGGGAGGAGAUCUGGCCAAACGUUAAACACUUUUGGAGGAAGUGACAGCUUGGGAAAAGAAAGAAGUGAAUCUUUUGAACACCUCCAGUAUAUUUUGAAGUAGCUUGUAGUCAUUAUAUGACUGAAUACUUUUUAUAGAGUACUUUCUGAAGCUCUCAGA